UCUCCUCUUAAAAUCCCAUCUCUACUUUACGGUCGUUCAUAUUUAAAAGGCCAGCCCCUUGUGAAAAUGGAAAUUCUCCUCCCGGUCCCCUCCCCCCUCUACUCUUCACAGUUAACACAAAAUCUCCGUGACGGAUCGUAGUAUAUUAGUUUCCCAAUUUAGCUUUUUGUCUGUUGCCUUGCCCCCACAACGACAAAGAGUAUAGAUUUAGCCAUGGACAACAUCGGCGAGGAUUACAAACAGUACAAAAAUUAUUGGGAAACCAGCAUGUUCUACCAAAGUGAAGAGUUUGAUAGUUGGGGAUUGGACGAGGCGUUUUCUGGGUACUAUGAUUCGAGCUCGCCGGACGGGGCAGCAUCGUCGGCGGCCUCGAAGAACAUUGUCUCGGAGAGGAACAGGAGGAAGAAGCUGAAUGAUAGGCUGUUUGCACUUAGAGCAGUGGUCCCCAACAUCAGCAAGAUGGAUAAGGCUUCAAUAAUCAAAGAUGCUAUUAAAUACAUCCAAGAGCUCCAGGAACAAGAAAGAAGAAUCCAAGCCGAGAUAAUGGAACUUGAAUCCGUGAAAUCGAAGAAAAAUCUGGGUUAUGACUUCGAGCAAGAGCUACCCAUCUUGUUGAGAUCAAAGAAAAAGAGAACUGAUCAAUUUUAUGAUUCUGGGGUAUCAAGAACUUCCCCUAUUGAAGUCCUUGAACUUAGGGUGACUGACAUGGGGGACAAAACUGUGGUGGUGAGUUUAACAUGCAGUAAAAGAACAGACACAAUGGUGAAACUCUGCGAGGUCUUCGAAUCUUUGAAGCUUAAAAUCAUUACGACCAACAUCACCGCUUUUUCUGGGAGGCUUGUGAAAACCGUCUUCGUUGAGGCAGAGGAAGAGGAGAAAGAUCAGUUGAAGAUAAAGAUAGAAACAGCCAUUGCGGCUCUCAAUGACCCACAAAGCCCUAUGAGCAUCUAAUCAGAAGUAACAUGAGAUCAUGAGACCCAAGUUCGAGUCAGUCCUCUUUAAUAAAGGGUGGGGAUGUUUGGUGUCACUAUAUAUGGGUUUUCAUGUCUCAAUAUGAAAGAAGUUCCUAAUUUUCACUCUUUUGUUGGGAGGAGAAAGUCGCAGCUAGGUUUUUAUUACCCAUCAUAUGUCAUAGUCCAGUUCAUAGUUGUAUGCAGUUACCUGAACAGCCUUCGUCUAAUAAAACUUGCGAUUCUCUCUC